GGUGUUGCUUCCACUUGGCAUCCCCCAGCCCAACGGAUGUCCCCGAAACACAGGGGGUGAUGGUGACCUCUCCCCACCAUCUCUGCUGCUCCCAACAGCAUCGGGAUGAGGCGAAACCAACCCCACCAUGCUGCUGAAUCCUUCUCACACAGGUCCUGCUGAUGACGAGGAGGUGAGCCCCGAGCAGCUCACGUGGGACGUUCCUCUUCUCCCUUCACCCCAUCCCAGCCCCUGGGGUGGCACGGAGCCGUCCCGAUGCCGAAGAACAGCAAAGUGACACAGCGGGAGCACAGCAGUGAGCAUGUCACCGAGUCAGUGGCCGACCUGCUGGCUCACGAGGAGCCCGUGGACUACAAACGCAGCGUCCUCAACGUGACAGGGGAGGCUUGGGAUAAGCAGAAGGACGGGGAGGAGGAGCUGGAUGCAGAGAACAGGCCGGCGUGGAAUAGCAAGCUGCAGUACAUCCUGGCCCAGAUUGGCUACUCUGUGGGGCUGGGAAAUGUCUGGCGAUUCCCCUACCUGUGCCAAAAGAAUGGAGGAGGCGCCUACCUGGUCCCAUACCUGGUCCUGCUCAUCAUCAUUGGCCUCCCGCUGUUCUUCCUGGAGCUGGCAGUGGGGCAGCGGAUCCGUCGGGGCAGCAUUGGUGUCUGGAAUUACAUCUGUCCCCGCCUCGGUGGCAUCGGUUAUGCCAGCUGCCUGGUCUGCUUUUUUGUCGGUCUUUAUUACAACGUCAUCAUCGGUUGGAGCAUCUUUUACUUCUUCAAGUCCUUCCAGUACCCUCUUCCCUGGAGCGAGUGCCCCAUUGUCAAGAAUGGCUCCGUGGCCGUUGUGGAGACUGAAUGUGAGAGGAGCUCGGCCACCACCUACUUCUGGUACCGGGAGGCCCUGGACAUCUCCAACUCCAUCUCAGAGAGUGGGGGACUCAAUUGGAAGAUGACCCUCUGCCUGCUGGUGGCCUGGAGUCUCGUUGGCUUGGCCAUGAUCAAAGGCAUCCAGUCCUCGGGGAAGGUGAUGUAUUUCAGCUCCCUCUUCCCCUACGUGGUGCUGGUUUGCUUCUUGGUGCGGGGCCUCCUGCUGCGGGGGGCGGUGGAUGGGAUCAUGCACAUGUUCACCCCCAAGCUGGAUAAGAUGCUGGACCCCCAGGUGUGGCGGGAGGCAGCCACGCAGGUGUUCUUUGCCUUGGGAUUGGGCUUUGGGGGGGUCAUCGCCUUCUCCAGCUACAACAAGCAGGACAACAACUGCCACUUCGACGCCACGCUCGUCUCCUUCAUCAACUUCUUCACGUCUGUCCUGGCCACCCUGGUUGUGUUCGCCGUGCUGGGCUUCAAGGCCAACAUCAUGAAUGAGAAAUGCGUGGUGGAGAAUGCUGAGAAGAUCUUGGGAUACCUGAACACCAACGUGCUCAGCCACGACCUCAUCCCACCCCACGUGAACUUCUCCCACUUGACAGCCAAGGACUACAACGAGAUGUACAGGGUGAUCAUGACGGUGAAAGAGGGGCACUUCAAAGAGCUGGGCUUGGACGCGUGUCUGUUGGAGGAUGAGCUGGACAAGUCAGUGCAAGGAACCGGCCUGGCCUUCAUCGCCUUCACAGAAGCCAUGACCCACUUCCCAGCCUCGCCGUUUUGGUCUGUCAUGUUCUUCUUGAUGCUGAUAAACCUGGGGCUGGGCAGCAUGAUCGGGACCAUGUCAGGCAUCACCACCCCCAUCAUCGACACCUUCAAGGUGCGGAAGGAGGUGUUCACAGUUGGCUGCUGCAUCUUCGCCUUUGUGGUGGGCCUGAUCUUCGUGCAGCGCUCUGGGAACUACUUUGUCACCAUGUUUGAUGAUUACUCAGCCACGCUGCCGCUCACCGUCGUGGUCAUCCUGGAGAACAUCGCCGUGGCCUGGAUUUACGGCACUAAGAAGUUCAUGCAGGAACUGACAGAGAUGCUGGGCUUUCGGCCCUAUCAGUUCUACUACUACACCUGGAAGUACGUCUCUCCCAUCUGCAUGGCCGUGCUCAUGACUGCCAGCAUCAUCCAGCUGGGAGUCAGCCCCCCAGGCUACAGCGCGUGGAUCAGAGAGGAGGCUGCAGAGAAGUUCCUUUUUUACCCAACCUGGGCCAUGGCUAUCCUCAUCUCCCUGAUCAUCCUGGCUUCCCUCCCUCUGCCUCUGGUCUUCAUCCUCCGGCAGUUCCACCUGGUGUCAGACGGCUCCAACACCCUCUCGGUCACCUACAAGAAGGGCCGGAUGAUGAAGGACAUCUCCAACUUGGAAGACAACGACGAGACGCGCUUCAUCCUGAGCAAGGUGCCGAGCGAGACCCCAUCCCCGAUGCCCACCCACCGUUCCUACCUGGGGCCUGGGAGCAACUCCCCUAUGGAGAUGAGCAGCGCGCCCAACGGACGCUAUGGGAGCGGGUACCUGACGGCCGGCACCCCCGAGUCUGAACUGUGAUGCUGGGCAGCUGACCACCCCCCGGGAGAGGAGAGGUCGUGGGGAGUGGAUCCUGGCUGUCCAGGCAACGGGAAAACUAUCAAAGAAGAAACCCCUCUUUAAGUUGUAACCAAAAGCAGCCGUUCCUACGAUGAUGAAGGGAUUGCGGGAGGGGCAGGACUCCUCCAACAGCCCUCAGCAAAGGGCAGGACCUGGGGCUCGCCUUAGGGAAGGGAGGAGCAAGGGAUGCUGCGAUGCUUUUCCGAGGGUUGUCCUCUCGCAGCUCCAAUCUCUCUUUUCAAGCAGCUGGUGGUUGGAAAAAGGACCUGGCGUCAGGUGGAAAGCCAGCCGUGCUUCCUCCUGCAGCCCAGCGCUCUGCCCUUCGUCUGUUGCCCUUUAGCUGGGAGGAGUCAUGGCCUUAUUCCAACGAGCACAAUUAACCGUCGAUGUUCAUAGCGCAAAAAGGUGCUGCCGUUGUUGCCAUCGUUGUUGUUGUUGUAUCUCCUGUAGUUUUUCUAGCUGUGGACACACUCAGAUAACCCCAGUGUUUCGGCCAGGGUCGGCAGGGAGCGGCGCGGGGCUGAGUUAUGGUGAUGUGUGGGACUGCAGCCGGCGGCUCUUUGGAGGCUGCCCCAUCACCACCAGCACAGGGACGGGGUCUGCAGGGUGUUCCCAGGUGUGCUGGGGGUGAUGUGUGCUCUGAGAUGUCAGGAUGGCACGGGCUGUGGGCAGGCAGAUCUACUGGGCGGCACCUCCAAAAUAAGGGAUUUCAUAUGAGGUCUAGAAGGGCAGUGGGGAUGGAGCAGGGAGCGCCCUGCUGGAAUGGCCCCGGACCUAUGGGAUGCUCUACUGCACCACUGUCCCUGGCGUGGUGGUCAUCUCCUCUUGCUGCUUUCUGUAGGCAUGUGGAGCUGUGGGGUACCAGGUCCUACAGCAGCCCUGAUUCGGCUCUCAGGAAACUGCCCUGGGCUGUGGGAGGUGAGCUGGCUUUUGGGGAUGGCGGAUGGAAGGAUAUGUCUGAGCAGCAGGCACUGGGUCCCAGCAUCCCCGUGAGCUGCAUCCAGGCUGCUGAACCCUCCGUGGUGCCUCUCCACGCUGCCUGGGGAGCGCAUGGAUGCAAAGCCUGUGCGAGUGAGGAAGGUCGGUUGGGUUUUCCCAGUUCUGAGUUUCUCCCUCUGACGCUGAAGGUUUCCCUGAAUCAAACACAAAGCCAAGAAUUUCUGUUGGCAGUACAGCCUGAAGCAACCGUUCCUUCUUUUCUCCCUGUGGGCGCAGGGGAGCAGCGCCUUGUUUAUGGUCUCAGAAGCUGAGUGAGCUCCUUACUCCAGUCCUGUUGGGCUGAGAUCACAUCUGGGGGCAUUUCAAACACUUUUGCAGGCCACGUUCCUGGCUCCCAUGCCCACGAGCCCCUCUAGCCUUGCUUGCCCACCCACAGGUGGGAGGUUUGGGAGGUUCCCACCUGUCUAUCUCUGGUUUGGGAUGCUGUGUUUACAGUCCUUCUCAUCGUGGGCUCAGCUGGAGUGUCUUACUGGGCAAUUAGCACAGGCCCUUCGUUAGCUGUUUUUCCAGAGGGGAAAUGAAGAUGGGGACCAAACCAAAGCAGCUCGCCCUGCUGAUGGCAGAGGAAGCACCAGCCCCAGGAUCAGCUGCACUCCCACCUCUACUCCAGCCCUCAUCCAGGUUAACCUUCCCCUCCUCCUGCCCUUGCGGAGGGACACAGAGAUGUCCCCACUGCGUCACCUCCAAGUGGGAGAAGCACAAAACCCCUUUUUCCCACCUCUCCUCCUCCCUGUGUCCCCAGUUUCCCCCAUCGCUGCCCAGUGUCACCUUCCCAGUGGCAGUGACUGAGCCCAGGGGCUGGAUCCCCACUGCAGCUCCCAUGGAGUUGGGGAGCAGGGCACCUCACCAGGUCCCAUCUGCUGCCGUGCUGCGAUGCUCCUCGAGCCCUUGGGGGAACACUUCAGUCCCCCCAUCCCUCCCAUUGCCAGCCCCAAACUGGGCAGGGAGGCGUUCGCUUCCCACCCCUCUUAUUGCAGCACCAAGAAGAGGCAAAACCAAUAGGAAGGUAACAAGAAAGCUAUAUUAUAUAUAUAUAUAUAUAUAUAUAAAACAGAGGAGAGGAGAGGAGAUGGAGUAAUAACCCACAGAUUCUCUAUUUCUACUGUAUAUUUAUUCUGUAAAUGUCACUGUAAAUGCUGUUCAAUGACAAAGUGGCCCAUGACCCUGUUUUCACCCCCAGUGCUGUACAGAUCAAUUCUCACCGUAUAUCGGACCGAUUUUUACCUUUUUAUUUCUCGGGCGUGGGUGGGGGGCUGGG